AAAAAAAAACAGAAGAGGCAUUAAACUCCGUUACUCCAAGUCCAAUUCCUCUACUUUUUCCAUCGAUAAGAGUUUAUGCAAUCCCGCAAUCCCUUCGCCAUCGCUCUCCCCUAUUUUCUCAGAUCCAUCAAUGGCGCAUUCCGAGCACUUCUUCCUCCCCUUCGAGGAGCUCAACCAUGAAGACGACGGCCAGGAAAGCUUAACCCCUUCAGAUACCGCCGAUGCUAUUCCCGACUGGGGAGCGGAUGAUUUCUUUGUCGGCAGGCGAAGCUCCGCAUCGGGAUCCAACGAGUUCUCACGCGCACAGCCUCUCGGUCAUGAGGGUAUCCGAAUCGUCGAAUUCGGUUCCGAGGCAGACACCGACGAGCAGAUCGUUGCUAUCGGUGACUCGUCUUUCGGAUAUGAAGCAGAUCUUCCCUUUUGCUGGGAAUGCCUCCACGUCGAAGAGGAAAUGAAUGAUCCAGUCGAGGAGUUUGAGUGGGAGGAUGUAUCGGACCGGUUCGACGUGGAGAACCCUAACCCUAAUGCUGAGGAAGGAGAAGAUUCGGACAGGAACGUGGAGUGGGAGGUUCUUCUCUCCAUGAACAGGAACGAUGCCGAAUCUGUCUUUGUCGAGGAACAAGAGGGUUUUGCCUACGCUUCCGAUUACGAGGUAUUGUUCGACCAAUUUGGAGGUCAGGCGGAAUGGAUGAAGAGCGGACGUCCGGCGGCGAAAUCCGUUGUUGAAAACCUUCCUUCUGUCCUGUUAACGCCAGAAGAUGUUGCUAAGAAGAACACCAAUUGUGCAGUCUGCAAAGAUGAGAUUUCUCUUUCGGAGGAAGUGAAGAGGUUACCAUGCUUGCACUAUUACCAUGAGUAUUGCAUUGUGCCUUGGCUAACAAUUAGGAAUACUUGUCCCUUGUGUCGACAUGAGUUGCCGUCCAACGAUACGAGUGAUGCAAUCAUCGUCGGGGAAGAAGAAGAAGCUCAGGCUAGGUAUGAAUUUGAAACUCUGCAGGCUACGUAGAGAUGUUGCUAUGUUCUGAGGCGAUGAAGGCUAGCUGUUUUUUUCUUAACUUCGUGCAUGUCUUAAGGGUUUAUAAUUUUUUUUUGGUUUCCUUCGAUUUUCCGUGUUAGAAAUACUGGCUG